AUGAAUUCUUACAAUCAAACCAUAGUCACUGACUUUAUUCUAAGAGGAAUUUCUGAUGACAGUGAGAUGCAGGUUCCAUUCUUCCUUCUGGUUCUGGUCAUUUAUCUCAUUACUCUUGGUGGUAACAUGAUCAUUAUUAUUCUGAUCUGCCUGAACCAACACCUCCACACACCUAUGUACUUCUUUGUGGCCAAUCUGUCCAUCUUUGACAUAUCUUGCUCCGCAGUCACUCUUCAUAGGGUACUCACUAACUUCCUAUUAGAUGAUAAAAGAAUUUCCUUCUUUUGUUGCAUGGCACAAAUGUAUAUAUUCUCAGGCUUAACAAGCAAUGAAUUACUUUUACUGUCGGCCAUGAGUUUUGAUCGUUAUGUUGCAAUUUGUAAUCCUUUACGCUACCACAUGGACAUGAAUCCUAGAGUCUGUUCACUGUUGGCUGCCAUAUGCUGGUCAGUAGGUAUAGUACAAGUUCUUCCUAUUGCUGUUGUACUGUCAAUCUCCACCUGUUACAAAUCUAAUGAGAUCAAUCACUUCUUCUGUGACAUGAUGCCUUUGAUUAAACUGUUAUGUGAUAUUUCAUUUAUAGAACUUUUCGUUUUCAUAAAUGCAAUGUUUUAUGCUACCUUUCCAUUCUUGUUCACUUUUGCCCCAUACAUACCUAUUAUAUCAACCAUACUGAGGAUCCGUUUCAGCACUGGUAGACGUAAAGCCUUCUACACCUGUUCCUCCCAUCUCACUGUGGUCAUCCUUCUUUAUUCCACCUUAAUCUGCCAGUAUCUAAGACCAACAUCAAUGGACAAAGAAGACUCCAAUAAACUGUUCUCAUUGUUUAAUACAGCUGCUCUUCCCAUACUAAAUCCUCUAAUUUACAGCCUAAAUAAUAAAGAUGUGAAGUCAGCUUUAAAGAAGAGUCUGAGAUAA